AUGCUUUACUUGAAAAAGUACUUCACAGAGGGUCUUAUUCAGUUCACUAUCCUCCUGAGUCUGAUUGGGGUACGAGUGGACUUGGACACUUACUUAAACAAUCAGCUCCCCCCGCUCCGUGAGAUCAUCCUGGGCCCCAGCUCGGCCUACACCCAGACGCAGUUCCACAAUCUCCGCAACACCCUGGACGGCUAUGGCAUCCAUCCUAAAAGUGUGGAUCUGGACCAUUUUUUUGCCACUCGUCGGCUAUUGAACCAGGUGCGUUCGCUGGAUCAUCUGCGUGUGCCUAGCACGGAGCUGAGUGCCUGGCUGGUGCAUCGUGACCCUGAGACUGUGGUUUCGGCAACCAGUCAGUCCGGCCCCAGCAUUGCCCUGGACAAUGGGGGCAGCCUGGAGGACGUGAACAACUCCGAAGCCUCGGCCAUGAGAGGGGCUGGCGGUACUUCUGAGACCACUUACAGCCUCAGUGGAGAGGACAGUCUGGGAGCCGUGGCCCCUGAGGACAGUCAGGAGCAAGGGGAGAGAGAGAGCAGCGACGACCUCUCCAAAGAGGACAUUGACCUCAUAGACAUUCUUUGGAGACAGGAUAUUGACCUUGGUGCUGGCCGAGAAGUAUUUAACUAUAGCAGUCGGCAGAAGGACAGUGAGGCUGAUAAACCUAAUGAAGAGAACGAAGAGGCAGGUGGAAGAGAGGAAAGCUGGAGAAAUGGACUUGAUCUCCGAGCAGUGCAUAGCCUAACUCAUGUUGAUGGAGAGACAGGAGAGAGCAUACCUGAGGAGCUUACCAGUCUCGGUGCUCAGACUUCAUUAUCCCUGCAGGAAUGUCUGAGGCUUCUGGAGGCAACUUUUCCAUUUGGAGAAGAGCCAGAGUUCCAGGCCACUGCUCCCACCUCACAGCUGAGAGCUACAACUGAAGAAACGCCUUCAACGUCACAAGGGAUUCCUCUACAACCCACACUGUCGCAGACCGAUACACCACUAGAUCUGGAGCAGCAGUGGCAGGACAUUAUGUCCAUAAUGGAACUGCAGGACAUGGAGGUGAACAAUACGGCAGUAAAUGCCACCAUAAAUAAUGACCCCAAUAACAACAAUGCCAGCACUACAGAAUCAGCAACAGUAGGAAAUUUUGGGCUCCCACGAUCCACUCUCAUUAACCAGGAUGUUAGUCUCCAGCAGGCAUUACUUCCCAGCUGUGGCCAGGACUUUCCCACACUCUUUAACCCAGAGUUGGGCGGACAGCAGCCUACCUUAGUCAGGCUCUCUUCCAGCAACUCCUCCAACAUCAAUUCAACAUUUGGAGCAACUAACUUGACAGGAAUCUUUUUCCCACCACCUCUAAACAGUACAACCAACGUAACCACUACUCCGGUGCUGCCAGAUCCAUUCUCUAGCCUGCUGGAAGAGUCGAUGCUUGAUGAAAUUAGCUUGCUAGACCUUGCGAUGGAAGAGGGUUUCAGCCAAGCCCAGGCUUCUCAGCUCGAGGAUGAGCUUGAUUCAGACUCAGGUCUUUCUUUGGAUUCCAGCCAUAGUCCAGCAUCUCCCAGCAACUCGGAGACGUCCUGCUCAUCAGCUGCAUCAUCUUCAUCCACCUCUGCUACAUUUUCUGAAGAAGGAGCCGUGGGCUACAGCACCGAUUCUGAAGCAGCCACAGCAGAAACGGAGGAAGGAGCCGUCGGAGGAUACCAGCCAGAGUAUAGCAAACUAUGCCGCAUGAGCUACCAAGACCCUUCUCAAUUUCAUGGCGUACCACAGUUGGAAAGCGUCAAUCACAAUCACACCUACAAUCUACCGCUGGCAUCGUCCUUCUCAGAGCGUUCUCAGCUGUCCACAUCCAGCAGCAAGAAAGGCAGAGACAAGCAAAUGCAGCAGACGAAACUCCAGCCCCCACAAGACUGCAUUGACAGGCAGUCGAGCCGCGAUGAGCGUAGGGCAAGGGCCAUGGACAUCCCAUUCUCUAAUGAAAAAAUCAUCAACCUCCCUGUUGAGGAGUUCAACGAGCUUCUUGCCAAGCACCAUCUUAAUGAGGACCAGCUUUCCCUCAUACGGGACAUCCGCCGCCGUGGAAAGAACAAGAUGGCGGCACAGAACUGCCGUAAACGCAAGCUAGAUACUAUCCUGAACCUUGAGCAAGGAGUGCAAGACCUGCAACGUGAGAAGUCUCAACUACUGAAGGAGAAGAUCGAGUACAUGAAAUGCAUCAGACAGACAAAGCAGAAGGUUCAGAGUCUUUCCCAGGAAUUGUUCGCACAACUGCGCAACGAAGAAGGCCGACCCUACUCGGCCAACGAGUACAGUCUACAGUUCGGGCCGGACGGCGUUGUCCUCAUGCCUCGUAACAUGAGCACAGAACAAAGCAACAAGCCUGACAAAAAGCAGAAGGACAAAAAGAAGUGA